GAAAGACCCACUAGGAAUCAUGGGUACCGAGACCAUAUUCGUUAUGGAAUCGUAUUACUCACAAAAUGUACUGGAGGAAUUUGAAAACAUGGACAUGUUCAAAGCAGGUGUGACUCGUAAGACAUACAUACUGCCCUAUAACUGGGACGGAACUGGAGCAGUGGUAUAUGGACCAUAUCUCUACUAUAACAGAGAAAAUUCGGCCUAUAUCAUCAAGUACAGUCUACGCAGAGAGCUCAUGAAAGCCACAAUCACCGUGAAUUCUUUCACACCAAGGAAAAGCAGCUAUGGUUGGGGCGGAUACAGUUCAAUGGACCUGGCAGUUGACGAGCAGGGAUUGUGGGUAUUAUGGGGUAGUACGGCAAACAGCGGGAGACUGUACGCAUACAAAAUUGACGUUUACAAAAACGUCAUCACUCACACUUGGUCACUGAACACAGAACCAAUGAGCUGGAUGGGCAAUGCUUUUGUGGUCUGUGGAGUGAUCUACUGUAUCGACUACUAUAACAACAAACCCACUACCAUCAACUUUGCUUACGACACCAAGACAGGAACACAGUGGAACCCCAACAUACAGUUCACAAACCAGUACGGCUACAACUCCAUGGUGGAUUACAACCCCAGAGAAAAAGUGCUGUACGCUUGGGACAACAAGCGUCAAGUUACUUACUCUCUUACUUUUGAGGAACAUUAGAUUCGUGGAAGACUCGAAUCUAAAAGCUGAUUGCUUUGCUUUUUUGUAAAAGACACGCGCAAACAAAAGAAUUUUAAGUUUACAAUCUGCACUCUUUUAGACUUCUGCCUUUCAGUUUCACAAAUUAAGUAACACCUUUUACUCAUUUCACGUACUGAAAACCCGUCUGCGAUCUCAACUGGCUUUUCGAGUCAGACCGUUUGUUCUGUUCGUAUCAGGUUGCUAUUCAGAUAAAAAUGCAAAACGCAUUGAGUGAUUUUAAUGAGAACCAAGAUCUUUUAUUAAGAACUGUCUCUGAUUGUCAGAAAAAGUGUAAAUUGUAAAUGUAGUUGCUGACGAACCUGAAGGAAAAACUGGCCUAAGUUUGAAUCAAAAGAUGAAAGUUUUGGUACAGGUAAAACUGCUGUUAGUGCUUACUGCUAAAAUAAAAUGUGAAAAAUAAAUCAGUUGGCUGUACAUUAAUGAAUCUGUAAGUAAUAAA